AUGUCAGAUCCUGCUCCGGGCUUCUCUCCACCAUACACUUACAGCGGAGAGCCCACAUUGGGUGCCAAAAUGGACGAUGUGUCUCGCUCUAGUACCCUCUUUUCUCUUGGUGGUGUAGAUGAUCGCUGCUUCUCGACCAUUCAGGAAGAAACGUUGGCUAUUCCUGAAGGUUGGACAAUGUGUGUCCACCCUCAGGGCUGGGUCUAUUUCUACAACCAUACACUGAAAGUUGUCGCCGAUCACAAUAUACGUCUUCCUGGUAUCCUUGAGAUAACAAGACAAAGCUACCUGGGCUACCCAUUGUCAGAACUGACGGAAGGGAUGGAGGUCCACCUUCAUGUGCAAGCCCAAAAGAUCGCAGACAAAUUCAAAGGAAACAACGGAGGAAUCGCUACUUUCAAUCUUACAAUCAACCACAAGCACUGUGUUGCUUCCUAUGAAAUUGCAGAUGUCAUGGGUGAUAAUUCCUGCCUGUUGGGACCUCAAAGAUUAAACAGAUGUCGCCGCCUUUACUGGAAUUAUCUUUGGAACCAUCCUUCUCAUGUCACAACACCACCCAGAGCGAUAGAAGACGCGUUCGACUCCUUGACCUGGUUCUAUACAGAUAACCUUAUCUCUGGCCAAAGAAGUACCGUCCCAUUCUCCAAGCUGGAGUGUGAAGAACUCUCUCGUGUUGUUAAAGAGAUAUCCCGUCCAGAAAACGAAAAGUCAAUAGCAAAGACUGUGUUUUUAGCUUGGCUUUUACGAGAAGUGUGCAGUUAUCGCGACGCUGAGAACUGGGGACAAUUGACCCAGAAGGAGUCUCAAGCUUUCAGAAGGGAAAAAUUGGCCCCCAGCCAUGCUGCAUAUCAACCUCCACCUGUACUCUUGGGAAUAUUGAUGUUCGUCAUCAACGUACUAUGUUUUGGCAUUCCACAUACCUACAGGGCGCAUGUCAAGAUGACAAGUGAGUAUCGGGGGCGACUGAGCAGCGUACAAAAAAAUUGGGAAAAUUACAUUGAGCGGUUGGUCCGAGAAUACUCUCAUUUCCUACUCAUUUCAACCGUGCUUCUUUCAGCCACUGUUGGGUUUUUGGCAGUAGAAGGGAUACCAGAAGGCGCUCAGGUGUCAGCGACAAUCUCUACGUUCGCCUCCCUCGGAAGUAUCAUUGUUGGUGUCUUUUCAAUAUGGAGACAUCAGGCAAAUACAUCAACAGCAGACUCUUUCACGUAUAUGCAUAAUGUUCAACAUCGAUAUCUUGGCCUAUACGGCCACGCCAUCAUGUUAAGCCUUCCACCUACACUCCUAGUGUGGGCCAUCUUAACCUUCACGGUGUCCGUCGUGGUAUAUGUCAUGCACGGAGUCAACGCCUCGGAAGGAACCUGGGGUAAAAUAUCCACAUGGACAGUGCUUGCAAUUUUCAUAAUCUUAUUCAUGGCGGUUUUGCUGGCGCUGUAUACAUUUUCCAUAAUUUGGAAGUUCCAGAGGCGGUCAGUUAAGAUAUGGUAUCGAAUCUGUUCCAUAUGGUCGAACACCGCUUCCGUUAUGGGCCGCGGGCCCCAGCCCAAACCACGCGAUAUUGUACGAGUAUGA